AUGCGCUCUGCCACACGGGGACAACGCGACGAGAAAACGAGGGUCGUCGACGCAUCGGUUCGAUUCAUGCGACAAAAACGACAACGAGAUGCACUCGAAAAUGACAAUUUCCACGAGGAUCCGCACGCGAAUAUCGUCUUGCAGAAGAAUGUGCCCAAAUUCGAAGAGGAGGAUAUGCCGGCCGUGAAAAGAAGGAAACCCUCAACACCUGGAGCGAAAACGGAAUUAGGAAGACGAAAGAAACUAGAAUCGAAGUUGCGUUUUCGCCGAAAGUUCACCGCACUUCACGAAGAGUAUAAUCAAUCGAAAAUCAACGAUCCAGAAGCGUCGAUCAAAGGGUAUCAAGCGUACGAAGAAGCGGCCGCCCCACCUUCAACCGUGCCACCAAGAAAAUUCUGCGGUGUUUGCGGAUGCUUUGGUGGAUACACGUGUAUACGGUGUGGCACAAGAUUCUGUUCAAUUGAGUGUCGUGAGGUGCACAAUGAUACACGAUGCUUAAAAUGGACUUGC